GUACCUGGCGGGCCCGGCGCGCAUCAGCUCAGUCACUGGGAUGCAGCUCAGCUGCUGCCUCCUCCUGUAUAGCACAGGGUAUAUAUAAUGUAAGCGUAGCACCCACCCGCAGCACUGACUGAUAGGCACCGACAGUGCUGAUGCGGCUGCGUCAUUUGACCCGGCGCAACCCCCCCUCCUUUCUCUGCGGGAGGCCAGUCACGUGCUCCGUUCCGGCUGCGCUUCGCCCUGUGUUGCUUUUUGUCCCUUGUGAUACCCCGUACAGGAGGCGUCGAGCUGUGUUUUGGGCCAGAAGGAAGCUAGAGCCCCGGGGCCGCUGUACUGUGUGCUCCGGUCUCCCCGUCCCAGGCAGCGGCGCCCGUGUAGCAGCACCCUUCCCCCGCAAGAGCAGAUGUGCAGCACGGAGCAGUCGCUGCACUGAUGGCCGCUCUCUUGGGGCCUGUGUGAUAAAGACUCCCAGGCCGGUGUACGGGCCUGGUCCCAGCAGCACGCUUCCCGUCCCCCUGUAUCCGGAGGCUGUGGCCGACUCCUGUCAUGUGUGCUAGUGGUGAUGUGAGUGGGAGAGUCCACGCUGCUUGCUCUGCUGAGGUUCUCCUAAAGUUCAGGAUGUUGCAUAAAAAUGAAAGUACAUAAAUCAUCACGUCAUAGAAGAGGUGUAUUCCCGGCCUGGUCUACAUCAUGGACUACGCUAUUUGGAGGAUUUAACAGUUUUCUAUCCUGGAGACACCAUGGUUUCUUAUACAGAAAGUUGACGAAUAGGCGCAUAAAGAAAGUCCGCAAAAAUCAGCAGGUUGGAAGACGUAUAGCCAAACAACGAAAGAAAAGGAAAUCUACUGGACAGGCCUCCAGGUUAAGCCAAAAUAGCUUAAACAAGAAAGAACUGAAUUGUAAAAAUAAAUUGAUUAAUUGUUCUUCUGACAUUGUUACUGUGAGUAGAAAAGUAGCAAGACCACAGAGAACCCAAAAACAAAAGAAAUCAGAUGCAGGUAAAACAGUGUCUUUAGUUGGUGCAUUCAGUAACACUCUUAACUCUAAUAACAUUGCUACUGUGUCUAAAAAGACCACUGAGGCACAGAAACGCAAGGAUAACCAUGAGCACUCCCUUGUAACUUGUAAGCAACCUGGAAAAAGACCUCGUCCAUCAUUAAAACAAAGAUGCUGUGGAGGAUUAUGGCUGCUGAGAAGUUGUGAUUUGUUUUCUACUGGAAGGGUGCCCUUAUUUAUGAUGAAUAGAAAACCUUCUCAUUUUACAGCUCGUGGUAGAUUACAGUCUCAAAAAAGAAAGAGAAGCUUUAAAAUACUGGAUUUUCACCGGCUGUGGUUUCAGAAAGGCUUUUGGAAUUGCUGCAGAAAAACUCUGAGAAGCAAACUUUACAAAGUAUAUUCCUAUUUGAAAUCGAGAAUUCAGAGACCCAUAAAGGCAGUAAGCAGGUCAUACGGUAUGAACAAUAACACUUCAGGGAUUUUAUGCGAUAUCCAACCAUGCACAACCAAAAGCUGCCUAAAAGAUGAGACUGUCAAGUUGCAGAGUGUAGAGUCUCAGUUUGCAACUGUUGCAUCCAGCAGAUCUCUAUUAAAGGACAACCAGCAGCCACCGUUCUGCACGACUGCUCAGUGGUGUUCUGGAGAGACUGUACACAAGAGACUAAGUGAUGUUCCCACUAUUAAUGGUUAUCCAGGUGAUGUGUAUGUAUUAACAGAAAAAGAGAUAUCUAUAUCAUGUCACGAGGACACAGACGCACAGGGGGAUGAGACAGAUGCUUUCAUGCUCCUGGCUCCUGACAAAGUGCAAGUGUGUGCGAGUGAAAAUGUUGGAUACCAGGACAAUGCUUCCUUGGAAACAAUGGAGAAUGGGGACGAUUCCUCCCCCAUGGAGGUUGAUGAAAACACAGACUCGGAUUUAUUUAGUACAAAGCUAUUAGAUCACCCUUACUGUAAAAGUCCUUUGCAAAAGACCACACUUGAAGAAGAAUUAGAUGUUUCAACGAAACAGGGGUUAAAGAAUGGCCAGAAAAUAAUCACUAUCACAGAUGAGCAAUUGGAAUCCUCGAUUUGUGGUGUUCUAAAUGAGGUCAUAAAGAAAUAUGGUAGCUUGUUUCCAUUUUCUGAGAAGGAUAUACUGACUCGAUUAAAAGAAGUUUUCAACAUGGACUUUACUCACAGGGCACCUUUCAUUAGCAAGGAAAUAGCAAAGUUCAGAGCCAAGCAUUCCAGAUCUAGUGCGUGCAAUUUUCGCAUCAUCUAUAAUAAACACAUGCUUGAUAUGGAUGACCUGACUACUCUAGAAGGGCAGAAUUGGCUCAAUGAUCAGGUUAUUAACAUGUAUGGUGAACUCAUAAAAGAUGCAGUACCAGACAAGGUACACUUCUUCAACAGUUUCUUUCAUAAACAACUCAUGACCAAAGGUUAUAAUGGGGUGAAAAGAUGGACUAAAAAGGUGGAUUUGUUCAAAAAAACCCUGCUGUUAAUUCCCAUACACCUAGAAGUCCACUGGUCUCUCAUUACUGUGAAUAUCCCCAAUAAAAUCAUUUACUUUUAUGAUUCCCAAGGCAUUCAUUUCAAAUUUUGCGUGGAGAACAUACGCAAAUACUUAAUUACAGAAGCUAAGGAGAAAAAUCAAGAAGAGUUUCUUCAGGGGUGGCAGAGUGCUGUUAACAAGUGCAUUCCACAACAGAAGAAUGACAGUGACUGUGGCGUGUUUAUGCUUCAGUACUGUAAGUGCCUCGCUCUAGAACAGCCUUUCCAGUUCUCCCAAGAAGACAUGCCUCGUGUGCGAAAAAGGAUAUACAAAGAACUCUGCGAUUGCAGACUCAUGGAUUAAACAUUAAAGCUACUUUUUACUGCCCACUUCGGAAAUAUUUCAGCUGUACUUGAAUUAAAGUAUACUUCCACAAUUUUUGAACAUUGCUUUAGAAGGGUGGUUGACCCUCCAUUGUUACCUCAGAUGUUCCUUUUUUAAUUUAAUUUUUUAUUUCUCUUUUGGGACAUGAACUUGGUCAGCUGUGGGACAUUGAGCAAAGCUGCCAUUAAAUCUAUGUGGCUUCAUUUUGGUUUUGUAUUUAAUAUUUAUUAUGUAAGCAUGCAAAUACGCAAAAGCAUGCCGCAGUAAAACAAAAACUGUAGAUUUGACGCACCUUUGACUUGUAGAUAGAACUUAUAAAGAGUUUUAAUUUUGUUUAAAUAUAUAAAAAUAGCAGGUACAUUUUUCCUGAAAUCAUUAAAUCUGUAUUUACUUUCAAA